AACCGCCGUCCUGUAUAAACGGCAGCAGGCGCAGCACUGAACAUCAGUACAGCCAAGGCAGCGGCCCCGGCGCACACAGUAGCAGCAGCACCAGGAGCUCCAAUUGAACCAGUAUGAAGGCAGCGGUGCUCCUCGUCGUACUGAGUGCCAUAGCGCUCAGCUGCGCGUUCCCUUCACCCAAGGACAAGGAGGACCGUGGCGGAGUGGACGUGGACGUACACAGGGAGAAGGGCGUGGGCACCGUGGUGGGGGUGCAGGGCCAGGGCAACGUGUGGAAGAGCGGCGACGGCAGGACCCGCGUGGACGCCGACGGCUCCUGGCAGAGGGUGUACCGCGGGCCGGCGGCCGGCAAGCCAAAGUACUCGGCGGGCGUCCGCCUCUCACACAGGUGGUAGCCGAGCACGGCCGCUGCGUCGCGUCUGGGUAUUCGCCGCUCACCUGCGUCCGAUGUCUCUUCGGAAACUAAAUGCCGCAAACUGCCAGUUGUUGAACCAACAUUUUUCCGUAGUGCCAAAGUACUGCCUAUUAUUACGUUUACCGAAGUUUUAAACUUAAUUUAUUGAUUUUUAGUUUAAUAAAAAUCUAACAAAAAUCA